AUGUCAUCUACAUCGACGGGACCUCAGUUUCCCUCCCUACCAACAACGCUCCUCAUCAUCUCGCUUAAAAUGUACUUCACGCCUUCCCGAACUCUUGAAUACCUCCAAGAACUUCUCAACUCGAAGAACGAAAUUGUCCGACCUCAGAAUCGAUCCAAACUACUACUCGCGCUCAUCCCGGAUUUCCUCACCUUAUACCCUUGCUCGGAGGCGAUCAGACGAUUCGAAUCUAGCAAGUCGAGCCCCAAGGAGGCAAAGUUACCAUCUUCAUUGCUCCUCGGCGCACAAGACUGUUUCUGGGAGGCCUCAGGUGCGUACACCGGCGAAGUAUCUCCCCGCAACCUACGCGACAUCAACGUCUCCAUCGUCGAACUCGGGCACGCAGAGCGCCGUGCUAUUUUCGGCGAAACGGACGAGCAAGUUGCGCGCAAGGCGGCAGCGGCUGCGCGCGAAGGACUUGUCCCUCUGGUGUGUAUCGGGGAGGUUUCCCCGCCCGAAGAACAUUUGGCCGAAGCUAGUACUCGCGCUGCAAAAGAAUGCGAGGCGCAAAUCAAGCCGGUGCUGGAGGCAUUACCUGACGAAGCGCCGGUGAUCUUUGCUUAUGAGCCGGUGUGGGCAAUUGGUCAGCCAAAACCAGCAGGAGUUGAUCAUGUCGGCGCGGUUGCGCUUGGGAUAAAGGAUAUCAUCAAGGGGAUUGGUGGAGAAAGGAGAGGAGAAGUAAGAGUGUUGUAUGGAGGGAGCGCGGGCCCAGGAUUAUGGGGUGCUGGCGGUUUGGGGAAGGUAGUAGAUGGGAUGUUUUUGGGCCGGUUUGCGCAUGAGAUUGGGGGCGUGAAGAGCGUGGUAAGAGAGGUCGAGGAGAGUCUGGAAUGA